UAACUAAUAAAAUAUGUCGAAAUUAAAAUUAUUUCAUAUUUUUCAAUUCAUACAUCGAAAUAAAACUGGAUAUUCAAAUGCUUAUAAUAAAAAUACCUCAUAUAUAUUUGUUUCGUGGACAUUGAUAGUGCAUUUUGUACUCUUAUGGGGUAUUUUGGAUAUCAAUUUUCAUUCACCAAUUAUACAAGGGUUGCCUGCUGUCCCAGCUUUACAAAAUGCUCCUGCCAAAAGAUUGCUUUUAUUUGUAGCUGAUGGUCUGAGAUAUCGUACCUUUAUAGAGAAUCUUCCUCCAUAUCUAAAAAAUGUCAGCCGGUACGAAGGUGUUUGGGGUAUUUCGCAUACUCGUGUUCCUACAGAAUCAAGACCAGGUAACGUUGCAAUUGCUGCAGGACUUUAUGAAGAUCCAAGUGCAAUUUUCAAAGGAUGGAAAGAAAAUCCUAUAGAUUUUGAUUCAGUCUUCAAUCAAAGCAAAUCAACAUGGGCAUGGGGUAGUCCUGAUAUUAUACCUUUAUUUACAAAAGGCAAUAAAGGAACCAUACAUGGCAAAAGUUAUCCUUCAGAGUGGCAAGAUUUUGAUGGCUUACAAAAUAAUAUGUUACGUCUAGAUUCAUGGGUAUUUGAUAAAUAUUUAGACUGGCUUGACAACAAAUCACAUGCUGCGAAACACAUGGAUGGUAUUAUUUUUUUUCUUCAUCUUCUCGGUUGUGAUACUAUAGGACAUUCGUAUAAACCUCAAUCAAGAAAAUAUAUUGAAAACCUGAACUAUAUUGAUCAAAGAAUAAAGGAAAUAGUACACAAAACAGAACAAAUUUUUGAUGAUAAAAGUACAGCAUAUAUCUUCACAGCUGAUCAUGGAAUGACCGAUUGGGGUUCGCAUGGAAGUGGAUCUACAGAUGAAACAGAGACACCAUUGAUUGCUUGGGGUGCAGGUGUCAAUUCUACCGGAGUUCGUUACGAUGUAGAUCAGGCAGAUAUAACUCCUUUAAUUUCAACACUUAUAGGCAGACCUAUACCAACUAACAAUGAAGGUGUAUUACGAAAAGAAUACUUGAGAAAAAAUGAUGUAUAUACUGCGCAAGCUUUACUUAAUAAUUUAAAACAAUUAUCAUAUCAAGUAAUAGAGAAUCGUAUACUUCAUUGUGGAAUUGGUGAUGAUUUCGUGGAUUGGCGAGAACUUAAGCUUAAUAAAUAUAUUUGGGAAAUUAAUCAAUAUAUCAAUAAUGGAAAGAUAAUGGAAGGAAUUAAAAUGGCAGAAGAAGGAAUAACAUUAGCCAAAGAAUAUUUAUAUUAUUUUAAGCAAUACCAAAGAAAUCGUUUUUUGAUGUAUAUGACAUUUAUGUGGAUUGGUUGGAUAAUAUUAUUAUUUCUUAAGAUAGUUGGAAUACCACGUCAAGAAAUAAAAUUGUCAUUAUUAUUAUUAUUCGACAUAAUAUUUGUAAUCUCAUUGAUUGUAUUGAUUAUCAGAUAUGUAGGAAGCAGUGGAUAUAAUUUGAGACAGUUAUCUUAUGGAUUAUUUACUGCCAUUUCUCUUUGGUUAGCAGGUAUAAAUAUGAUUCAAUAUGUUCCCAAAUUAAAGAAACAAAAUAUUACAAAUUUCUUCAUAGAAAUAGGGGGAACUAUUUUGUUGUUAUUUAUUAUGUUCAUGGGAUUGACAUAUAGAGGUGCUCUCAGUGCAGGGAUGUUGUUCAUUGUUCUAAUGCAAAAAAUAAUAUUGACAAAGACACAUAAUAUGUUAUUAUGGACAGGGUUAGCUUUGGCCAUAUUUCCUUUAUUGCCAAUAGUAGAACCCUAUCCUCGAAUUUAUAUAGUUUCUAUUGGUAUAUGUAUUAUGAUAUGCAAGGUUUUUUUCAUGAAGCAUCAACUAAAAUAUAAAGCUAUUGAGAUAAUAAGAUUAAUAAUAACAGGACUGAUAUAUUUAAAAUUAAUAGAUGGUCGACAUUGGAUAUCUUGGAUAAUUUUAGCAAGUGCGCCAUUAUUUAUCUGGACUUACACUGUUAAUGAAAAGAAUAGGAUAGAAGGAAUCACAAUUGGUCUUUUCUGCCCACUCUCCUUGUUAUCUACAUCUUAUGAACCUUUAUUUUUCUUAACACUUGCAAUGCAUUUACUUCAUUGGCCUUUAUUUAUCCAAGAUAAUAAAUUUGAUGAGAUGACUGAUAAUGUUUUAAGUAGCAAAGAUUUCAUUAAAGCAGCAUUUUUCAUGUUGUAUACACUACUAUGUUUUUUUGGAACAGGAAACAUGGCAAGCAUAAGUUCAUUUGAUCCUCUUUGGACACAACAUUUUAUUACCAUUUUUUCUCCAUUUAUUAUGUGCUCAUUGAUACUUUUUAAGCUAAGUAUUCCUUUAAUAUUGAUAGGAUGUGUAAGUCAUAUUCUUGGAUCAAGAAUAGCUCUCUUAGCAGUUCUUUUUUUAGGAGAUUGUUUGUCCUUACCUCUUAUGUAUUAUGUUAAUCCGUAUGGUAGUUGGUUAGAGAUUGGUAGUGCUAUUAGUAGAUUUACAAUAGCAAUAACUUUACCAUGCAUUUUACUCAUUUUUCAUUAUCUUUCUUAUCCGUUAAUGAAGUUUAAUAUAAAUCUAUUUGAACAUUUGUUGUCAGAAAAAGAACAUAUUAUAUAAAUAUGUGAAAGAUUUUCGUAUAAUUCUAAUUACGAAGUAUUAAUAAAAUUAAUAAUCAAAAUAUAUCA